AUGUCUUCCACCACUGCUGCUGCCAGUACCAUCGCCCGAGGCGUGCAAAAAUUGUUCGUUGGCAAUCUGCCGUGGACAGUCAGCACGAAGGAGCUUAAAACGUACUUCUCCAAGUAUGGUCAUGUCCACUCGACGAACGUAAUCUAUGACAAGACGACUGGAAUCAGUCGCGGUUAUGGGUUUAUCGUGUUCAGCACGCGCGAGGGCUUCACUAACGCCACCAACAACCGGUUACACGUGCUUGAGGGUCGUGUGCUGGACUUACAACCUGCCUCGUCGUAA